ACACACCCUCUAGCCAUUCACAUGAACCACCAACACCACUUUCAGGUUCAAAUCCUCGACUUACGGGUAUAUUCGAAAUAAACCCGGAACCGAUGGUCUUUUGUGCCAUGAGCAUUAGUUUAUAAUGAUUCAACCACACAUGACAUUACUUAGACUAAAAUGUGUAACCAAACAAUCACAAAUACUCAAAGGGGAAAAAUCCCUACUUUCUGGAUUGAAUUCUUAUGUGGGGUGGUUUGAAUUUGUUGGCUUCUGAAUCCAUUAUAGCUUGACUGUUGUUAAUGUUACAUUUUGCUAUGCUGUUUGGAACAAGACAUGUUCCACUUCCAACCAAUGCUAUCACUUUCACACUCUCACGUCAACAACACACUCUUCCCAUUCUCAACUCCUUGUUCCAUCACCUUCACUCCUCACCCAAUCUUCACGAAGCCAGAAGAUUGCACGCUCUUCUUCUAGUCCUCGGUUUCUUCCACCCCACUUCACCACCUCACAGUUCCCUCUCUUCACAGCUUGUCAAUGUCUAUGUCAACCUGGGUAGCCUCCGUUACGCGUUUCUCGCCUUCAAUCAACUGCCCCACAAGCCCAACCUCGCUUGGAAUGCCAUUCUCCGAGCUCUCGUUGGUGCUGGACACUUCAGUCACGCCAUUCAGUUCUACCACUCCAUGCUCCGCAAUGGGGUUACCCCUGAUAACUACACAUACCCACUUGUCCUCAAGGCUUGCUCUUCCUUGCACGCCCUUGAAAUUGGAAGGUGGGUUCAUCAUGCCAUCGUGUGCCGUGAGAUAAAGCCCAAUCUUUUUGUUCAGUGUGCUGUGAUUGACAUGUUUGCGAAGUGUGGCAGCUUGGAAGAUGCGCGUAGGGUGUUUGAGGAAAUGCCUGUGAGAGAUUUGGCUUCAUGGACUGCGAUGAUAUGUGGGACAGUGUGGGGUGGUGAAUGGCUUGAAGCGCUUUCGCUUUUCAGAAAGAUGAGAUUAGAAGGCUUGAAGCCGGAUUCGGUGAUUGUGGCAUCUGUGUUACCCGCGUGUGGCAGGUGGGAGGAUGCGAAGUUGGGUAUGGCGUUGCAAGGUUGUUCUGUGAGGAGUGGCUUUGAUGGUGAUUUGUAUGUCUCCAAUGCUAUCAUAGACAUGUACUGCAAAUGUGGCGAUCCAAUUGAGGCUCGUCGUGUGUUCAUUCAUAUGGGUUGUAAGGAUACAGUUUCUUGGAGUACCUUGAUUGCUGGUUACUCACAAAAUUGCUUAUACCGCGAUAGUUGUGAAUUGUAUGUUAGAAUGGUAAAUGCGGGUUUAACAACAAAUGAGAUUGUUGCCACGAGUGUUCUUCCUGCUCUGGGAAAACUCAAGUUGUUGAAACAGGGGAAGGAGAUGCACAGCUUUGUCCUUAAAGAAGGACUUGUAUCGGAUGUAGUUGUAGGAAGCGCAUUGAUUGAUAUGUAUGCAAAUUGUGGGUUAAUCAGGGAAGCAGAGUCAAUAUUUGAGUACAUGUUAGAUAAGGAUAUUAUGGUAUGGAAUUCACUAAUUGCAGGGUAUAAUUCAAUUGGUGAUUUUCAGUCAGCAUUUCUUACCUUUAGAAGAAUAUGGGUCGAUGAACAUAGGCCAAAUUCCAUAACUUUAGUAAGUGUUCUUCCUAUAUGCACCCAGUUGGGGGCUAUUAGACAGGGAAAGGAAAUCCAUGGUUAUGCCACCAAAAGUGGUCUAGGAUCAAAUGCUUCUGUUGGAAACUCUCUGAUAGACAUGUACAGCAAAUGCGGGUAUCUAGAACUUGGAGUGAAGGUCUUCAACCAGAUGAAAGUAAAGAGUGUCAUAACAUAUAACACUAUGAUCUCUGCUUGUGGAGCUCAUGGACUAGGAGAAAAGGGUUUGGAAUUCUAUGUGCAAAUGAAGGUGGCAGGAAUUAAACCAAAUAAAGUCACUUUUAUUUCACUGUUAUCUGCAUGUAGUCAUGCAGGUCUAGUUGACAGUGGUUGGAUGUUGUACAAUUCUAUGAUCAAUGAUCAUGGUAUAAAGCCAGAUAUGGAGCACUACUCAUGUAUGGUGGAUCUCAUUGGUCGAGGAGGAGAUCUUGAUGGUGCAUACAAAUUCAUCACGAGUAUGCCUGUGAUACCAGAUGCCAAUGUAUUUGGAAGCUUACUAGGCGCUUGUCGACUUCACAACAAAGUGGAACUUGCUGAGCUUCUCACAGAGCAUAUUUCUCAAUUAAAUGAUGAAGAUGCAGGCCACUAUGUUCUUCUAUCAAAUUUAUAUGCCUCUGGGAAACGAUGGGAAGACAUGUCAAAGGUGAGAAGCAUGAUGAAGGAUAAAGGGUUGGAGAAAAAACCAGGAAGUAGUUGGAUUCAGGUAGGAGACCAGAUUUAUGCUUUCCAUGCUAUGAGUACCUUUCAUCCUGCAUUUGCAAAGAUUGAAGAGACUCUGGAUAGCUUAUUGUUGGUGAUGAAAAGUGAAAGAUUGUAUGCUGACAAAUGUGAGGUUUUGUUCCCAUGUCAGUGAUCAACUUUCAACGUGAAAUGAAAUCAUUGAUUAGGGACAUUAGAUGUUUUUUUAUAUUAUGUGAUUGAAUAUUCAUUGAUUCAGGUUGAAAUUGUCAAAAAACAAAAGAAGAUUUUAUCAGACAACAAAUCCUCAUAGCACUAAACUGGGGUCCGCUCGCUUAAUGAUGCGCCAAUUGCAAAUCCAAAUAUAUAACCUAACCGCACGCUCAGUCGCUCAUGUUUAAUACAUUAUAUUUGUUCAGCAAAAAUUUGAAUAAAAUGAAUUAAAAAGGGAGCAUCUCACGUUCAACAAAAGUUUUUUAAUCAGGAAAUUACUUUAGAUUGAGUUAAAUACUUUGACAUGGUAAGUUUUUCCCGAAAUAUAAUUUACCUAAAUUUAACGUGCAUCAAAUAAGUAAGAUUUUGUCACCCUAACUCCGUGCAUGUUUGAGUACUGGACGCAUCCAGUUGUAGCUUCCUCCGGUAUGCGUGUCCCCACUGCUAAAGAAAAUAAAUCCUUCAACAUAAAUCUAUGAUGAGUUCAACGAAUAUACAAACACACACACUAAGCAUUUGAAUGGAACUAUAAUAAGAAACUGGUGUGUUCCAAAUAUUCUGCUAAGUGUGUCAGCUGAAACUAUGUUAAAGCACAACAUGUAUGAAUUUGUUUUUAAGUUUCAGUUAAAAAUAAUGUUGGGUGUUUAAACUUUGAUGGAUAUAAGUGAUCUAUCUACAUUUAACAGUAAAUGAAGAGAGAAUUCUGUAUUAUUCCAUUAACAAUAACUUAUACCAAGUGGCAAGUUUUAUAACCAAGAAAAAUAACUUCACUUCAAGUGUGAGCUCACAAGAUAUAUUUUUAGUUAUACUUCAAAAGUUAUUUUACGCCAAGUGAGUGAUCACAACAUAUAUUUAUA